UUCAUCACUCGUUCUCGUUCUCGUACCUGUGAUUAUUCUGUGUGCUCAUAUCGUUUCAGUUUUUUUUUACGAAAAAACGUCAGAUGAAAAUCCACGACGGCAGUAACGACAGCGGCAGCAGCGAAAGCUCGUGAAAAGCUCCCCGCUCGGCUGGGAGGAGAGAUAUCGCUUCGCGGAUUAUGUGCGUGCCUGCAUGUGUACGCGUGUGUAUCGUGAAUAAAUACCCGAAGCUGGAAGCAAUGUGAGAAAGAGAAAGAACAAAAAGGCGGAGAGGAGAAUGGAGCCGCGCGGCUUUGUUCGCGCACUGCCGCCGCCGUGAUGCGCGGCAAUGUAGCUAAAAAAAAUAACAACGAUAACGAGGCCACCGCCUGAAUAGUCCUAGGACCAAAUAAUAAUACGACGACAAAAAAAAGACACGCAAUUUUAGCCGAUACAUUAAGAACGAAAGAAAAAUGUUCGGCACGAAGAUACGCAGCUGGAUGGAGGCGCAGCUGGCUCGCUCGCGCUCCAAGCGCAACAACAAGGAGCAGCAGCAGCGCAACAAGAACAAUUCACCACCUCCGUUGCCCAUAAUCGCCCAGCGUCACAGCUUGCUGUAUCGACACGCCACCUCGCCCUACUACGAGACGACGGUGGCGACGUUCUUCGACUCUCAGCCGCCGGACGAUUUCGACGAGAUCCGGCCGGCACUUCCGAUCUCGCCGUCGAGCUUCAAGCCGCGAGUGCCGCCCGGUCGCAAGGACUCGGGCGCGACGUCGGCCACCAUGUCCAACGCCACCAGCAAUUCCACUUCUACCACCGCUACCAGCGGAGUAGGUGGAGGAUCUCAGCAGCAACAACAACAAGUCCAGAAUAAAUUGCACAGCGCCGUUAAUCUGUCGUCGCCCGAGAGCGCCUACAGCACGGGUUACUCCACGGACGGCACGUCGCCCUGCGCGACUUACGCGCCCGAGCAGUACAUCGGUAUCAGACAGCAGCAGCAGAAACAGCAACAUUCGGUGACUACUACUACUACUACUACCAGCACCGCUGUCGUUCCUGUCAAUGUUGUUCCUUGUACCGUCGCUGCUGCUGCUCCGGUCAAAGGACGAAGGAGCGAGCGGUACGAGAACGGCAACAACACCGGCACGUAUACUCAAUUAUCGUCGUCGUCGCGUUGCUACUCGCCGCCCGAGCCGCAUCCCUGGCGCAAACCCGAGCCGCCGAGUCGCGUGCUCAGCUGCUCGGCCACGAGCUCGCCCAAGAUCCAUCAUCAUCAGCAUUACAAUCUGCGCCAGGCCGACGACACCAACGUCAACUCCUACAACCCUACUACUGGUGAAGGGCCCGCUACCUUCUGCAUCGGUCCGCGCGCCUAUCCCGGCGAUUAUCCGGCGCAGUUGUUCUCGCCGCGCACGACUCGCCACUGUCGCACGGCCGCAACGUCGCCGCUCGUUGCACCGGCAACGUCGACUCAGGUAAUGCCGAUAAAGUCGCCAAGGCAGAGAUCGCGACCAAGGACGAGUCCCUGGCAACAGCAGCAGCAGCCACAGCCGCAAUCACAAUUGCAACCCGUUAACGGACGAGCUUGGACGAGACAACAGCAGCAGCAGCAGCAAAAUUACUACCCGACGGGUAUGGAUCAUUGCUACAAUAGACAAGAAAGCCUGAGCGUCGGACGCAGCCCGGUGAAUCGAGCCAGCAGCGGCAACAACGAUUGGCGACGAUCGAACCAUAACAACAAUAACAACGGCGGCGGCAGCAACAAUAAUCAUCAACGCCACCGACGUCGCUCCAGUUGCAACAGCAGCAACAGUCCGAGCUGCAGCAGCAGUCGCAGUUGCAGCCUCAGCAGCAAUAGCAGUAGCAGCGGCAGCAGCAGCAGCGGUGGAAGCAGCAGUGGCAACGAGUCGAGCGACGAGGUCAAUGACGAUCUCGCGAGAAACGAUCGGUGCGGCGUUACCAGCGAGGACAGCGAGCACAGCACCACGGAAGACGUCACGCUCAACGAGUUGAUGGGCAAAUACGACGAGAACUACCUGUACGAGAAGGAGACCGACCUCGUGUCCUCAUCGGCGGGCAGCCUCGAUCGGCGAACGACGAACGGCUGCGUCGGUCGCAACAGUUCGACCUUCAACGUGUCCUCGGCUGCCACCACCUCGAGCCUGAGCAGUCUCGAGUAUCAGCUGGAGGAUUACGAUAAGGAGCCAACGACGCAACCGAGCAGUCGCUGCUCGUCGUCGCGCAACAACUACAUCAACAACAACAACAAUCACAAUCACAGGCUGUCCUCUUCGAAUCAGAGCAGCAACGGCGGCGGUAGCAAAAAUAAUAGUCGUCAUCGUCGUCGUCGUCAGCAGCAGCAGCAGCAACAACGUCGUAAUCGCGGCUACUCGGCCCAGCGUACAACGACGAAGAAACAGCAGCAACAGCAGCAGCAGCAGCAGCAACGCAGCAGGAGACGAUUUCGACGCAACAGCAGCAACGUCGCCUACACGUCCGACGACGAGAACAUAGUGGAACGCGAGAAGCGCGAGGAGGUGGAGCUGCUGCAAGAAGUCAUAAACAGAAGACUGAAGAGGACCACGAGCGAGGCGACGGCCAAGACGAAUCGAGCAUUGCUCGAGCGCCUUUUGAUGCGCAACGCAGCGGCCUUACCCCUGAUCAACGGAGGAGCGGCGGCGACUCGCUGUUACGAGGGCAGACGCGCCUGGUCGGCCAAUCCCAGCCGAAGCGUCGGUGGCACGCCGAUCUGCCUGCGAAGACGCGUCGGCACGACGACGAGGCAACAACAACACCAGCAACAGCAACAGUUACAGCAUCAUCAGCAGCAGCAGGAGCAACGUAAGGCGGUGGAAUUGCCGCGGCGUCAGGUCUAUUCGCCACCGGCGACGAGGUCGGCGUCGAUUUUCGAGCGCAAUUACCAGGUGUAUCCAGCUAGCGGACCGAGCUCGCUGGGCGCCAUGACCGCGAUGUCCGCCUCGGAGCUGGCGCUGAUCGAGGCGGACCGCGAGGCCGACCUCAAGUACGCCCAGCUGAUACUGGAGGCCGAGCGCAUGCUCGUCAGCGCCCAGCGUCACUUCGAGGACAACGACGCGACGACGACGCCCUGCAGCAGCCGGGCGAGCUGCUACAACACAGACGGCGGCACGACGGUUACGGCCAAUAAUAGUAACGGCGGUGGUGUCAAUGCGAGACUGAGUAAUAAUAAUGCGCCACCGAAUCCACCGCCGAGAAACAAGAGGGUCGAGUCGAUCAAGAACGCCGAGCUGAACAUCGAGCUGGCCCUGUCGAGGAGCAGAAACUCCCAGCCGGAGUUGGCCAGCGGCAGUAUCAAGGAUCUGCUGGUGGAUCAUAAUCAUCACAAUCAUAAUUAUUCCAGCAGUCCCAAGAGAUUGCUGCAACAGCAACAGAAGAAAAUGAUCGAGCAGGCAGCAGUGGCCACGAAAACGACACAGAUUACCGAUCAUCGUCGUUUCAACGAUAUCGAAUCUACGCAUCAUCAUCAGCAGUACUCGUGUCCGCAGAGCGAGCCGCUCAAGCGCAAAGUUUACAACAACAACAACGACGACAACGACAACGAGGGUCAGCCGUCGUCGUUGACGCAAUCGCCCUCGAGCUGCUUGCAGACCCCGAGCUGGCUGAGGAGCUCCGACGGCGAUUGCGCCGAUCUGCAGUCUCAGACUCAGCAGUACUCGCAGCUGCAGCGCAAGCAGAUGCUGAUCGAGACGCUGCGGGGCCUCAAGCGCAGCCUCGAGGACCAAUCGGCCGCUCUCAAGCAGAGCUGCUUGCGACCAAUUUAAUAAGAGAGAUACACGAGACACAAUUUUUUCCUUAACAAUGUGCGUGGGUAUGAAAAGCCACGCGUACACGAUUAUUUUCUAUCGUAUGAAAGAUGAAAGGGCUGCCUUCGAUAACUAAAAAAUAGGAUUGAAUAAUUUUUCUAUGAAAAAAAAAAAAGAAAGAAAUAAUAAUAAUGAUAAUAAGAAAAACGACUCGAAUUUGAAUAUCGAUUACGAUAUAAGAUUGUUGAAUUUUUUUCUUCUCUGCGAGGUUUAACGGGAGGAGAUUGAGAGAAAGAGAGCGAAUGAAAUAACGCGAGUAUGUACUGGAAUCGAUCGAUACUAUUUUCCAAACGAGCAGUUUUUAGCGCGCGCACUUGAUCGAACAAAAAUAAAAGAAAAAUAUUGGUGCUUAUAUAUAAACACACUCGUACAUUUAUAGACGAAAAAAAAAAAAACUAUAGGGAGUUUAGCUAGUGUUCCAUGAUUAAUACCGAAUAGAUUAUAGAAAUUCUCCAUGAUUAAUCUUCUAGUCAAGUAUAAACCAAAUGGUAGAGUAGAGAAAGUUAGCGAGCGAAUAGUUCACAAUUGGUUGGCGAAUGUAGUUGGAAAUUUAGAGAAAAAAAAAAAUUACUAUCUGCUAGGUCGAGAUUAGUUAGAAUCUUCGUGUAUGGAAAAAAAACCCAAUGUAUAUCUUACGUACCCAAUUCUUUUUAUACGUAUUUAAAGAAAAAAAAAAACAUUCAUUAGUCUCGAUAAACUAACUAAAAAAGUUGUUGAAUCAAGUGCGUGGAUAAUUGCGAGAACAGAUUCAUCAUAACAUCAGAAUCAAACCUUCUUUCUAUUAGAAGUAAGAAUUUACCGAUAAGGAAUCCAACCUAUUCCAUCCAAAUAUUAUAAUUAAGGAAAAUUUAUGUUCACUUAAUUUUAGGUAAUUCGAAAGACGCUGAGUUGUCUCUAAUUUGCAUUAAAUUUCAGUGCAAUAUUAUCAUUAAUUCUUGUAAGCAAUAAUGCUUGGAAAAAUGACAUGUAUUCAACUUCCAAGAAGAACUCUUGUGAUGAAAUUUUUAAAUCUAAGUCACUGUUUAAAAAAGCACUCUGACUCGUUUUAUUGCAUAUCAUGUUGAAUAAGCAUUGUAGCAUAAUAAUUAUAGCGAAUAGUUAAAUUGAAAUACUAUUAUUUAGAAUUUGUAAUUAAACAUUGACUUGAAAAAUACAUAUCGUGAAUAUUUCUAUGUUAUAUAGUUUAUAAAAUAUCCACCGUCUCCUUGAAAGUAAUCUCUGUUACCUUGAUAAUUUUCUCUUUGUUACAAUUUUUAACAGGAAUUGUAAUCCUUUAACAAACAAUAGGUGCAAAAUUCUUGCUUAUUAAAAUUGGAUAUUACUUAGUCAAAUUAAUAUUCACAUCGAUUCCAGUACAGACCCAUAAGUAUUUACAACUUCAAGUGAAUAAAUCCAAAAUUGUUUGCGAGUUUGGCAAUACAAAAAAUGUUCAUAAAAACUACAAGAGCACUACGCGACUCAGUACUGUGCAAUAAAUCAUCUUAAACAAAUAAAUAGAAUGAUCUGUAUGCAACUUGUAAUACAGCAUUUUAAUAUUAUAUCUUAACUGAAAUAAAAUGUUGUACAAUAAAA